AUGUCGUUUUCCUCCGGCCAUGUGGCGGUUGCGCCCGGAGCCGUGCCCAUCCACAUUGGCUGGAUGACCAAGAUGGGCAAGCAUCGCGCCAGCUGGAAACACCGCUUCUUCGUUCUCUUCCAAAAUGGACAGGUCGCCUACUUUCCCGAUGAAAACUAUCAGGCCACCAAGCCCAAGGGCACCUUUAGCAUCUCUGCUCGCUCCCAGGUCUUGCUUGAGAGCCAAUGCCCCGUUGGCAUUUGGCCCGAAGAAAAGACUCGACCUCAGACCGGCUUUGGCCUCAAAACCGACUCGCGCCUCUACUACAUGUACUGUGAACAGCCGGAAGCAGCAGACCGUUGGCGUAACGCCUUGCACCAAGCCAUUGUCAAGGGUUUGGCAGCCACCAAGACGCCCCUUGAGAGUAGUGACGAAGAGGAUUUUGAAAAAACUGAUCCAGAAGCGCUCGAAGCCAAGUCUCGUGAUGAGCUCCUCGCCCUUUCCCGCUGUCUCCAACUGCGAAGCAGCGAACUGAGCCACUCUUUGGCCCGUCUGGAAUCCGAGCUGCAGCACAUGGAAGACUCGGCCUUUCUGCAGCGCGAAUACAUUGCCAGCCUGGAACGUCUUUUGACAGCUCACAACAUUCCUUACGAAGAUGCCGUGCCCCGCUUUGGCUUUGCUGAGGAGGUCUUUGGUUUUGAAGAAGAAGACGCCGCUGCUGCCGCCGCCCACCCUGCCGUCCACCCAGACUCCAGCACCAGUGCAGAUCGAGUGGACCCUGCCGUGGAGUAUGAUGCUCGGGUGCGCGAUCGCGCUGCCAUGGUUAUCCAACGAGCCUGGCACAGCCAUCGGCUGCGCAAGCACUUUGAGCAAGUGCGGCAGCAACAGCUGCAACGUGCCCGUGCCCGCAGCGUCAGUUCACGCCGUGGUACCAUUACGGCCAACACGCGUGGACUCAGCGUCUCGCGCACCCGCGCCAGCCUUGCGCGCCAGAAUCGCGUCCCGUCCACCUCCCUGGGCUUGCGAUCAGCCAGCAAUGCCUACUGCGGCCCCUCCGGCGGCACCCUACGCCACACCAGCCAAAAUCAGCGCCUCAUGCCCUCUGUUAAUAGUCUGAUCACGCUUCCCAAACCUGGCAGCAGCCAAACACCCAACCAGCGCUUUAAUCCUACCCUCGUGCGUAUCGAUACCGUUCGCGAAGGUCGUCAUUCGCCCUUGCUACGCGCCCACACCGUGACCGAGCGACCGGGCGAGGAUGAAGAAGACGAGGAAGCCGCCGCCCCCCCAGCCCUGACACCCACCGCUCCUGAGGCUGACGCCACCGCUCAGCAUCACUUGCCCGCGCAACCAGAGUCACCCCGGACUGCGUCACCUGUCGCAGCUAGCGACGACCUUGUGGACACUGAAAAUGAUGCGCCCCGCAGCCGUGGCGAUACCUUGACGGAGGCCUCAGUCAAGGCCAACGCACCCUCGACCAAGCCAGACAGCGCAAGCGGUGCUUCCCGCUCCCCACCGGCUUCCCCGCUUGUUCUACAGCGCCAAAGCACAGCCUCCUUUGCCUUGACCUCGAUACCCACCGCUGCCGAUCCGCUGCGCGCCGCGCGCAUCGCCAUCUACCGCUUCAACCGCAAACCCCACAAGGCCUUGGAUGACUUGGUCGCUGCCGGCCUCGUGAGCAAUGAUCCUACCAGCAUUGUCAAGUUUGUGUGCGAGGAGCCCGGGAUCAGCCGGGCAGCCAUCGGAGACUUGUUUGGUUUGCCAGAAGAGCGAACGCGUGAGCUGCUCAAGGCUUACGCCGCCACCUUUGACUUUCAGAAUGUGACCGUCGACAGCGCCCUCCGCCUCUUUCUCCUUAGCUUUCGAAUUCCCGGGGAAGCACAAAAGAUUGAGCGUGUUCUGAUGGCCUUUGCCACACGCUACUACGCCCAGAACGAGCAUAGUUUCAAUCAUGAAGACACCGUGCUCGUUCUCUCCUUUUCAAUUUUGAUGCUGCAAACCGACCUCCACAACCCAAGCAACCCGCGACGCAUGACCAAAGAAGAGUUUAUCCGCAACAACCGUGGCAUUGACGAUGGUGAGGACAUUCCCCGCGGCAUUCUGGAGGGUAUUUAUAAGCGCAUUGCCGAGGAGGAGUUUCAAUGCUGCAUCGACCACACGGCCAUCACCGAGCGCUACGAGUCGCGCAUUACCAACCGUCUGCCCGAAAGGCUGGUUACGGAGGAGCGCGCCUUUGUUCUUGAGACAGAGGUCGCCGAGUUGAGCCGCUCCAAGGCCAAGAGCAACAUCAAACGCCAAGUCAGCCUGGUGCUGUUCAACGAUUUAUUGCUCGUCCUCCUCCGCUCCAAAUGGGACCGCCGCUUCGAGCUCAAGCGCUACAUCCCAUUGGCAGGCGUGACCGUGCGCAAGGGCCCCAACACCCCUGCAGGCCGCUGCUAUGAGCUAGCACAGGAUGCCAGCGGCGAGUGUGUGCUCCGCUUUGGCGGCCUCCAAGACAACUAUGUCUUGGAGCAAUUGCGCGUGUACAUUCGACAAACCAAGGAUGCCCUGGACCCGAAUGUGCGCCUAAGUGGCACUCCUCCCUCCACGGAAUGUUAG